AUGGUGGCUCAUGAUGAAGUUGGAGGUCUCCUUCCUAUUAAAAGGACGAUUCGAGUCUUAGAUGCUCAGAAUCAAUCUUUCAGAGAACAAGAGGAGCCGAGUAAUAAGCGGAUUCGGCCUCUAGCUCGGGUCACAUCCUUGGCGAACUUGAUCUCCCCUGUAAGAAAUGGUGCAGUCCGGCGUUUUGGUCAGACAAUACAGUCAUUUUCCCUCCGUGGUGACAGCAAAUCCCCCAGCUGUUCCCAGAAGUCAUGUAGCAGAUCUGCUGCUCCAACACCUCCUAAAAGAAGAAACAGUGUCCUUUGGUCAGAGAUGUUAGAUGUCAACAUGAAAGGGACUCUGAGCACCAAAGAAAUUAAACGCCAGGAGGCAAUAUAUGAACUGUCCAGAGGAGAACAGGAUUUAAUUGAGGAUCUUAAGCUUGCCAGAAAGGCUUAUCAUGACCCCAUGUUGAAACUGUCCAUCAUGGCGGAGGAGGAACUUACACACAUAUUUGGGGACUUGGAUUCUUAUAUCCCUCUGCAUGAAGACUUCUUGGCAAGGCUAAGAGAAGCAACAAGACCUGAUGGAACAGUGGAACAGAUUGGGCCCAUACUUGUGAAAUGGUUACCAGGACUUAAUGCCUACAAACGUUACUGCAGUAACCAAUUGGCAGCCAAAGCUCUUCUGGAUCAGAAGAAGCAAGACCGUAGAGUCCAGGACUUCCUUCAGCGCUGUCUUGAAUCCCCUUUCAGUCGCAAGCUAGACCUCUGGAGCUUCCUAGAUAUUCCUCGAAGUCGGCUGGUAAAAUAUCCACUGCUCUUAAAAGAAAUUCUUAAACAUACUCCUAAAGAUCAUGCUGAUGUCAAGAUUUUGGAAGAAGCAAUCUCUAUAAUCCAAGGAGUCCUCUCUGACAUCAACUUGAAGAAGGGAGAAUCAGAAUGUCAGUAUUACAUCGACAAGCUGGAAUAUCUGGACGAGAAGCAAAAGGACCCUAGAAUCGAAGCCAGUAAAGUGUUACUGUGCCAUGGGGAGCUGAAGAAUAAGAAUGGGCAUAAGCUGCACGUUUUCCUCUUCCAAGACAUCCUGCUUUUAACUCGGCCAGUCACUCGUAAUGAGCGUCACUCUUACCAGGUGUACAGACAACCGAUCCCAGUUCAGGAGCUGGUGCUGGAGGACCUGCAGGAUGGCGAUGUGAAAAUGGGAGGGUCCUUCAGAGGGGCUUUUGGCAAUUCAGAUAAAGCUAAAAAUAUCUUCAGGGUUCGAUUCCAAGACCCCUCCUCCGGCCAAUCCCACACACUGCAGGCCAAUGAUAUCUUCCACAAGCAGCAGUGGUUUAACUGUAUCAGAACGGCCAUCGCACCCUUCCAGCGGACUGCUGCUCCAGCAGACCUGACCGAAUUGCCCGAGCUCAGUGAAGAGUCUGAAGAGAACAACCCAUCUGCCUCCAACGUCAAAGUCCAGAGGAGGCAGUCCAAUAUGUCUGGUAUAGUUCAGAUGGAACUAGACGAAAACACAUCAGAGUGUGGAUCCAUUAUGGACACGGAGGAAACCAAGAGCGUGAAAACGCACAGAACACAAUCUGGGCACAAAAGAACAAGAGAGAAGCCGUUAAGCAGCAAACGGAAAGAAACAUUGGUGUAAAAGGAGCCCAGGGAUUUCCUAGCAGAAGGACUGUUUAUUUAUAAAUAAUGUGUACAUUUUUCUUCUUGUAACGUGAGCAUAAUGGGAUUAAUCUGCUGAAAUAAGUGUAUUUUGUUUAAUGGCAGCUACUGGUCCGCA